AUGUAUCAACUCCACGAAGACAAUGCUCAUCACUUACCUUCUCCUACCUCUCUCCCUUCUUGCCCUCCUCACCUCUUCUAUGGAGGAGGAGGAGGAAACUACAUGAUGAACAGAUCAAUGUCGUUCACGGGAGUAUCAGAUCACCAUCAUAUAACUCAAAAAAGCCCGACCACAACGAACAUGAAUGAUCAGGACCAAGUGGGCGAGGAAGACAAUCUAUCAGAUGAUGGGUCACAUAUGAUGUUAGGAGAGAAGAAGAAGAGGCUGAAUUUAGAGCAAGUUAGGGCAUUAGAGAAGAGCUUCGAGCUAGGGAACAAGCUGGAGCCAGAAAGGAAGAUGCAGCUUGCUAAGGCUUUAGGGCUCUUGAUCCAACGCGAAGAUUUAGUGGCAUUGAAGAAACAAGACCGCAAAGAAUCAACAAAGAUCAAGAGAGAAUUAGCAGAAGCUUCAUGGAGCAACAAUGAAAGCACAGAAAACAACAAUAAUUCAGAUAUAAAUCAUGGGAACAUGAUCAAAGAUCUUUUCCCUUCUUCAAUCCGAUCUGCGACCACGACUACCACCUCGGCCCAAAUUGAUCAUCAGAUGGUUCAAGAUCAAGGAUUUUGCAAUAUGUUCAAUGGUAUUGAUGAAACAACGUCGGCUAGUUAUUGGGCAUGGCCGGACCAGCAACAACAACAUCACAAUCAUCAUCAAUUCAAUUAA